AUGGCGGAGCAUCCGAUCUCGAAGGGCAACUUCUGCCAUGGCAACAACACAUUUGAAGGCAAGCCUAGUGUGAUGGAGAUGUUCUCAUUGAAAGGCAAGACCGCCGUCGUCACAGGCGCAGCCUCAGGAAUCGGAUUGAGCGUUGCACAUGCCCUUGCAGAAUGCGGUGCCAAUGUCGCCCUCUGGUACAACACCAACAAAAAGGCGACGGAGGAAGCAGCAAACAUUGAGAGAACGUAUGGGGUUCAGUGCCGCGCAUACCAAGUCAACAUCAAACAGAGCGAUGACGUCGAAAAGCUUCUAGAUCAAUGCGUCCGUGAGUUCCAAGGUCGGCUUGAUAUAUUCAUUGCCAAUUCUGGUAUUCCAUGGACCAAGGGAGCUAUGGUGGAUGCCCCACUCGACCACUACUCAAAUGUGACUCAGACCGAUCUGGAUGGAACAUUCUACUGUGCCAGAGCAGCGGCAUCCCAUUGGAGACGACAGAAAGCACAAGGCACGGAUAUCUUUGGCCAGCCUCUUGAAGGGUUUACCUAUGGUAGCUUUGUUGCCACUGCUUCUAUGAGCGGCAGUAUCGUCAACGUUCCUCAGCUCCAGGCUGCGUAUAACGCCGCCAAGGCUGGAGUCAUUCACCUAUGUAAAUCUCUUGCCGUUGAAUGGGUUCGGUUUGCACGUGCAAACACCGUCUCGCCGGGCUACAUUGCAACGGAGAUUUCCCAGUUCAUUGAUGCCGAGACUAAGACCAUCUGGAAGGAUAAGAUUCCCAUGGGUCGGGAAGGACUUCCUCAAGAGCUGAAGGGGGCUUAUGUAUACUUAGCUUCGGAUGCCUCUAGUUACACAACUGGAGCAGACCUCAUUGUCGAUGGAGGUUAUACUCUACCAUAG